AUGGUCCGCGCGUCCACGCUCGCGCUGCACCUGAACCUGGUCGAAACGAUCGCGGGCGCGGAAUUGGUGGCGCUCGCCAAUCCGCGGUCCGCGCUUUCGGCGAUCCCGCGGUUGACGAACGGCGGAGGCCUCGGGGAUGGGCUGGCGCGCGCGUGCGCGCAAAACGCGGUCGUCGCGUUCGUGGUCUCGCUGUACGGCUCGCUCUUGGUGGUGAGCGGCGCGUGCGCGGCGAUGAAAAUUCGCGACCGGACGCUGCGCGUGGGCGAACGACAAUUCGCGGGGACGCACGCGGUCAUCGCGGCGAACUGCGUGGCGUUUCGCGCGCGCGUGCCCGCGGUCUUUCCACUGGGGGCGUUGUUCCACGCCGUCGUCGCCGCGCUGUUCCAUCUCGGCGACGGCUACAAGUUGCCGCUGAAGUUUCCGAGCGUGCUCGGACGCGCGAAGACGACGAGCGCGGCGGCGCGCAAGGCGGCGAAGAAGCCAUCCAAGAAGUCUUCGUCGAACAAGGCGAAGCGAGCGCCGGCCAAGCGCGCGUCGUCGAGCAGAAAGAGCCGGCGUUGA